AUGACCCGCACCUCAGUAUGGCGGACCGCCAUCGCAGCAUGCCUCGCAGCCUUCGCAACAGCAGAUGUUUGCUCUAAGCUGGAGGCCGAGGGCAUCCCAAUCGACAAGCGCCUCACAAUCGACUACCACCAGGACCUCAAGGACUACUGGUCCACCGCGUGUGGCGACCUCAGACCAACAUGCAUCGCUGCGCCGUCCAGCGCCUUCGAAAUGUCUCAGAUCGUCAAGGAGCUGCAUAACUUCAAUACAUCCUUCGCGGUUAAAUCCGGCGGCCACAUGCCCAACAACGGCUUUGCCAGUAUCCAGGACGGGCUUCUCGUGUCGACCAAGAACUUGAAUGACGUGGUAUAUAACCCUGAUGACCGGACGGCGAUUAUCGGACCGGGUCUGUCGUGGGAGGAGGCGCAGAAGGGACUUGACGAUGUAGAUGCCGGAAGAGCGCUCGUGGGAGGUCGUCUGGGAGGUGUGGGUGUUGGAGGUUACAUGCUCGGAGGCGGAUUGAGCUUCCUCAGCUCGCAAUACGGAUGGGCCGCCAACAACGUUGUCAAUUUCGAGGUCGUGCUUGCUAAUGGCACGAUUGUCAAUGCCAAUAAAGACGAGAAUGAGGACCUCUUCGGCGUCCUCAAAGGAGGCGGCAGCAACUUCGGCAUCGUCACCGCGUAUACCUUGGAAACACACCCUAUCGGCAAGGUCUGGGGUGGGAAUUACAUCUUCAAAGCCUCCCAGACGGCCGAGGUGCUCGAGGCCGUGCGCGACUUCACCGACAACUAUCCCGACGACAAGGCAGCUGUCAUCGUGACAGCUGAGCAUGCUGCGCUUUUGAACACGUGGAUUAUGUUCCUGUUCUAUGACGGGCCGGAGCCUCCGAAUGGCGUUUUUGAUAAGUUCAAGGCCUUGAAGCCGACGGAUACGACCAAGACUUGGGAUAGUUAUUAUGACUUGUUGAAAAACAACGACUUCUUCAUUUUGAAGGGCCAGCGCUACACCAUCGCCACCGAAACCACGCCCGUCCCCGACAAAUCCGCCGGAAAAGAGGUAAUGCAAACCUACUACGACCACUGGUUCAACGUGACUAAGUCCGUGAUCGACGUUCCUGGCGUCAUCGGCUCGCUGGCCUUCCAGCCCAUGCCCGGCGCAAUCACCAAAAAGGCCAAAGCCAAAGGCGGCGAUCUAUACAACUUCCCCACCGACACCAACUACAUCGUCCUCGAGCUGGAUUUCUCCUACUUGUUUCCUGCCAGCGAUAAACGGAUCGACGAGGCCAACAGGAGACUGUUUAAUGGGUUUGAUGAGCAUAUUUCAGAAUUCGUGGAUCAGGGAGUUCUGCCUGAUGUGAGACGGCCGAUUUUCCUGAAUGAUGCAAACUAUGCGCAGGAUUAUUGGGGGAGGUCGGAGUCGACCCAGCAUGCGAGGGAAGUGAGGGAGAUUUAUGAUCCCGAUAUGUUCUUCCAGAAGAGGACGAGUGGGGGAUUUAGACUGGGAUAGGCUUUUGGUUUUCCUGUUGUAUAUAUAUCUCCCUUGAGUGACUUUUGGAGGGUCUCUGAUUAGGGCUUUUAAUCUAAUAUCUUUUAAUACCCGCGACACUGCGGAUCGUGACCAACUCAGCAUGUCAACGUAAAAGCGACUACCAUGAUUUACGGAUGCCUGUCUUCAAUCACAGCCCACUCCUGCCUCACGCUGAUCCCACCAUUCCCGCCUCGCGGAUCCAUCCUGGUCUCUC